GGCAGGGGGUGGAGGAUGGAGCCCCGGGCGCCCGCGGCGGGCGAGUCCGAGCCUGCUGCCGCGUCCUCCUCCUUCCACGCCCGGCUCUGGAGGAACCUGCAGCUCGGGGUGGGCAAGGGCAAAGGCGGCGCGGGUGGGCGCGCGGGGGGCCCGGAGCGCCGCACUGCGCACACCCCGUCGCCGUCCCCGCCGCCCCCGAGGGCCACGCGGGAGGCGCUGCCCGACGUGGGAAGCCCGGGCAGCAAGUGGAGCGGCUUCAGGAAGCGGAAGCAAGUGCUGGAUAGGGUCUUCUCGUCUUCUCAGCCCAACCUGUGCUGCUCCUCGCCGGAGCCUCUGGAGCCCGGCGGCGCGGGCCGAGCCGAGCAGGGGUCCGCGCUCCGCCGCCGGAUCCGGGAGCACCUGCUGCCCACAGCCCGGGGACCCGCUGCAGGGACGCCUCCUGGCGGGCGCUCCCCGGACUCAGCUCCGUCUUCGUCCUCCGCCUCGUCCUCCCUGUCCUCGUCUCCCCAGCCGGCCCCGAGGAAGGACCGCGCCGGAGAUGAGGGUGCGUGGCGUCGGGGCCCCGGGGCGCACUUGUGCCACCAGAAGAGCUCGUCUCUGCCGGGCACCGCGUGCCUGGAGCAGCUCCUGGAGUCGCCGCCGCCCCCGGCAGAGCCGGUCCGGAGCCCCGCGGAGCCCCAGGCCCCCGAGACCUGCGAGGAGCGUGGGAGCAGCCAGAAAAUCCAUACUGUUGGAACCAGUAAUGCAGAUGUCCCUUUGGCCAAUCCCGGAAUGUACCAGUUGGACAUUACAUUAAAAAGGGGUCAAAGUUUAGCUGCCCGAGACCGAGGAGGAACAAGUGAUCCAUACGUGAAGUUUAAAAUUGGAAGAAAAGAAGUUUUUAGAAGUAAAAUAAUACACAAGAACCUCAACCCUGUGUGGGAGGAAAAAGCUUGCAUUCUCAUUGAACAUCUUAGGGAACCAUUAUACAUAAAGGUAUUUGACUAUGAUUUUGGACUACAGGAUGAUUUUAUGGGGUCAGCCUUUCUGGAUCUCACACAGUUGGAGUUAAACAGGCCAACAGAUGUGACCCUAACCCUGAAAGAUCCCCACUACCCUGACCAUGACCUUGGGAUCAUUUUGCUCUUGGUCGUCCUUACGCCUAAAGAAGGAGAACCCAGGGAUGUGAAAAUGCUAAUGAGGAAGAGUUGGAAAAGAUCAAGUAAGGAACUCUCAGAAAAUGAAGUGGUUGGAUCUUAUUUCUCUGUGAAGUCUUUCUUUUGGAGGACGUGCGUCAGGCCUGUUCUCCCUGUCCUGGGCUUCUGCAGAGCAGAGCUUCAGAGUCCUUUUUGCCAAAAUUCACAAUUUCAGAGCCAAAGUUUGCGUCUGUCAGACCAGCACAGAAAAUCACAUCUGUGGAGAGGAAUAGUCAGCAUCACCUUGAUUGAAGGGCGAGAUCUCAAAGCAAUGGAUUCCAAUGGGUUGAGCGACCCCUAUGUGAAGUUUCGGCUCGGGCAUCAGAAGUACAAGAGCAAGAUUAUGCCAAAAACUCUGAACCCUCAGUGGAGAGAACAAUUUGAUUUUCAUCUCUAUGAAGAAAGAGGAGGAAUCAUUGAUAUUACUGCAUGGGACAAAGAUGCGGGGAAAAGGGAUGAUUUUAUUGGCAGGUGCCAGGUCGACCUGUCAGCCCUCAGUAGGGAACAGACGCACAAGUUGGAGCUGCAGCUGGAAGAGGGUGAGGGACACCUGGUACUGCUCGUCACACUGACAGCCUCAGCCACGGUCAGCAUCUCUGACCUUUCUGCUAACUCCCUGGAGGACCAGAAGGAGCGGGAGGAGAUCCUGAAGAGAUACAGCCCACUUCGGAUAUUUCACAACCUAAAAGAUGUGGGGUUUCUCCAGGUGAAAGUCAUCAGAGCAGAAGGCUUGAUGGCUGCUGACGUCACAGGUAAAAGUGACCCAUUUUGUGUAGUAGAACUGAACAACGAUAGGCUGCUAACACACACUGUCUACAAAAAUCUCAAUCCUGAGUGGAACAAAGUCUUCACAUUCAACAUUAAAGAUAUCCAUUCAGUUCUUGAAGUGACAGUUUACGAUGAAGAUCGGGAUCGGAGUGCUGACUUUCUGGGCAAAGUUGCUAUACCAUUGCUCUCUAUUCAAAAUGGUGAACAGAAAGCCUACGUCUUGAAAAACAAGCAGCUGACAGGGCCAACAAAGGGGGUCAUCUAUCUUGAAAUAGAUGUGAUUUUUAAUGCUGUGAAAGCCAGCUUACGAACGUUAAUACCCAAAGAACAGAAGUACAUUGAAGAGGAAAACAGACUCUCUAAACAGCUGCUACUAAGAAAUUUUAUCAGAAUGAAACAUUGUGUCAUGGUGCUUGUAAAUGCUGCAUACUACGUUAAUAGUUGCUUUGACUGGGACUCACCCCCAAGGAGCCUUGCUGCUUUUGUGCUCUUUCUCUUUGUAGUGUGGAACUUUGAGCUCUACAUGAUACCCCUGGUUUUGUUGUUGCUAUUGACAUGGAACUACUUCUUGAUAAUAUCAGGGAAAGAUAACAGGCAACGUGAUACAGUAGUGGAGGACAUGCUAGAGGACGAGGAAGAAGAAGAUGACAAAGAUGACAAGGACAGUGAAAAAAAGGGAUUUAUCAAUAAAAUCUAUGCCAUCCAGGAGGUAUGUGUCAGUGUCCAGAACAUCCUAGAUGAAGUGGCUUCCUUUGGCGAAAGGAUAAAGAAUACUUUCAACUGGACUGUGCCCUUCCUGAGCUGGCUGGCCAUUGUGGCUCUGUGUGUGUUCACACUCAUCCUAUACUUCAUUCCACUGAGAUACAUUGUCCUUGUCUGGGGCAUCAAUAAAUUUACAAAAAAGCUUCGGAGCCCAUAUGCAAUUGAUAACAAUGAACUACUUGACUUCCUUUCCAGAGUCCCUUCAGAUGUACAAGUGGUGCAAUACCAAGAACUGAAACCGGAUCCUUCUCACAGCCCAUAUAAAAGGAAGAAAAACAAUCUUGGCUAGCCAGCUCCCAGCACUGAGGAGACCAGCAUCUGUUUGGGAAGAUAAAAGGAAAAGCCUUCCGCUUCGGCAGCAUUUCCUUUCUUUCUGCUUUUUAUUUAUUUUGCCUUUUUAUCAUGAUCAGGAGAAUUUGUAAAUAGUGUACAAAGGCAUAUGUCUUUGAAAAUAUACUUCUGUUGUACAGACUCAACUUGAGAAAGGUUUAGCUACUACCAUGUGAAAGCCUUGUUAGCUGGGGAUAAUAAUAUAAUGCUGAAAGAACAAACGUUAAGGGUGAUAACACUGAAGGAUAUACACUUCUCUAAUUACAAGUGGAAGAACCAGAAUAUUAGAUUAAAUGCUCAAAUGUGCUCUGAUUAAAUCUACAUAAAAUGUAAAUGUCCAUUUGAUUUUAAAGUUUUUUUCAAAUGUGACCAUUUUUUAUCUGAAAAGUAAUCCAUUGCAGUUUUCUAUGUUUUGUACAUUUCAAAAGGGGAAAAAUCCCAAAGCCUGAAUAAUGGAAAGGAUGCAUUUCAAUUUAACAUAGACCAGAACCUCAGUCUUAUGCAGAUUAAUUAGGUAUGAGCAGGCUGACUUUAAGCAAAUGAGUACAGGUACAUUCAUCCCUUCAAGAGAACCUGAGAUCCUGUAGAGAAAGCUUACAAACCUUCUAUCAUUCCAUCCCAAACCUUAAAAUCUCUCCAGGACUCCAUGUUGUAAAUACUGCCAGGUUUAUAAAUGAUUGCCUAUCUGAAUUUUUAUAUCUACCACUACUUUAAUUUAUACUGAAUUAUCAAAUUAGCAACCCAAUUGUUAUCAAAAAUACUAGUAAAAAACCCCCACAUUGCUUUUGAUGUCAAAUUAUACCUCUGUGCAUCUAAAAAUAUUUCAUACUCAAGUGUUCUCACAGAAAAGAAAAAAACACUAGCUUUCUCAUUAGGUUACUGAAGUGCUUUAAUGCAUACCAUGAUUUCUGUUGUUAGUGUGAAUUUUAUGUAGAGGAGAAUGCGGUGUGCUAAUAUACCAGUGUUUCAUUACAUUCAUUUAUAAAAAAAUUCUUGAUAAUAUGAAUGCAUGAAAACCUGUUUUGUAAAAUAAACUGUGUAUGGGGGGUGCCUUUAAAAAUGUGUCACUGCUUACCAUAGAAUCUGUACUUAAAAACUGCAUUCACCAGACUUUUACAGCAGCUUUUCUACCUAAGUCCCUGGCACGUCAAGGGAAAAUAUCUCUGAUUUAGUGAGUGAGAAUGUCUUAAUUCUCUGACUCGGUAGGGGAUUAAACAUGGAGGAAACUGCUGCAGACAAUGUUUUUGCACUACUUUAUUAAUAAUAGACUGAGAUGGAGUAAGGGCGGGGGUAAUGCAGGAAAACACAGAGAAGUCAGAAGCAAGAAACAUAUUUCACUCUAAAGAAAGAUUCUUUAAAUUUAAUCUCAUCAAAGCUGAUUUUUAAAGUAUUUUUAUUUUGGAUAUAUGUUGUUAAAUACUAUUUCUUAUAAUAGAACUAUUUUGAUCUGUUUAUAUACUAUGCUUGAAAGAAUGUCAAUUAAAUUCCCUUUCUACAGAAAGGCUUUGACCUUAGUGCAUCAUGUUUAAGACAACAUCUGCAUACCAUCACUGUUUGUUGCUAAAACAUAUUACUUUAUGAAGUUGAUGUUACUAGAACUUACUGAUGAGAUAAUUUGUUUCAAAUAACUUUUGAUUAUGCCUUGUGUGAGAUUUAUGUUCUGUGCUUGACACUGUCUACAGACGUCCAUGAGCCUGAUAUUCUACAACCUCAGAUGUAUCUAGUAGCGGGUAACCAUUAACAGAUGACUACUUUCUGUUUGCUUCAUUGUACCGUUUCAGAUGUUUCGUUCAAUGGUAAUGUUGACUACACAUUCACUACAUUAAAUACAGAAGAAAAUAACCCUUUCUACGUACAAUCAGUACUCCUUUCCUCCUUCCUUUCAGUUGCUAUGGCUGAGAGACAAGCAAUGGGAGAUUGUGUCCAUAUUUUUAUAAAGGACAUUUCAAAUUACGUGUUUGAACAAACAGGGCUUUUCAUGAAAUGGUGACUGUCGUAUAGAACUCGAUUCCUUUGGAGGGGUGGGAUCCAGUGAAGCUGAGAGACUAGUAAGAUGUAGCUUGAGGCAUGAAAAUGAUAUGCAGGCUAGUCAUCAUUGCUUUUAGAAAAUACUGUAUUCACAGGCUGAAACAGACUAUCUCUAGUAGACUUCUUAACUAUUUCUUUCCCUUUCUCACAUAGGUGUACUUUUGUCUUAAGUAAGAGUGGCCUAAUUUGUCUUGGUUUUAAGAUUUUUGAAGCUAUCUGAAGAUAUCUUAAAAGAUAGGAUGCCAACCUAAAAUCUACUUGGCUUGCUAAAUAUAGUAGUUAUUGUGAACUACUAAAUGUUUUCCUAUCUUUUAGUGAGUAAAUUCAUUGACAGUCAUUACCUGUAUUUACAAAUUAUCCCUUUGAAUUGUGAUAAUUAUUUUUUAAAUUUUUGGUGGUCCUGAGGAUUGAAUCUCAUGCAUGCUGAGCAAGCAUUGUACCACGGAGAUACAUGCCCGGCCCUUUUAACUUAUUUUUUUUUUUCAGUUUGAGAUAGGAUUUUAAGUUGCCCACACUAGCCUCAAAUUUUCCAUCCUCAAGCCUCAGCCGCCCAAAUAUCUGGGAUUACAGGCAGCCAGCUAAUUGUGACAAUCCAUAAGAAAUACAUUAGCUGUCUGUAUUUUAACUUUUCCCCCAUCUUAAAAAAUAUAGUACUACUUGCUCAUUUGAACACAGUACUACUGUUCCAGACUCAAAUUGAUAGGUUCUGCAGGAAUUCCAAAUUAUUUUUCAGCUAUUCUAUACACUAGGCUGGAAGAUUCACCAAGAGAUUUUGCUUUGUGAUGCAUUUAUUGCAUAGCUACUAUAUGACCCUAUCACAGGCAAUGUUUAAACCAAUGAUAAUAUAUCAAAACUGGAGUUGUAGUGAAAGCCAAAUUUAACUGAUUUAUUUUCAAAAGCAACUUUUAUAGGAUUUGAAUUCUGCAUUUAAAAGUGAAGAAAAGCUCCUACUUUGUAAGAGCUUCUCCUGCCCCGCAUUUUGAUCUCAAUAGCCAAAGAUCUCCAGUGCUGAAGUUGCCUACUUUGUAUGAACAAGUCUUAUUAAAAGGCUACAAAUUCAGUUUGUAAACUUGGUAGAUGAGCCUAAAUGUUUACAAUGCCUUUUGAGUUUUAUAUUUGCUUAGCAUAAAAAACAAAAUAUAUUUUUCUCCAUUCCCCUGCCCAAAAGAGAUUAUGUAAAGGUGCAAAUUUCCAAUGAUGAAUGUAACUGUAUUGUAUACCUAAAAUGUACCAAUAAAAUUAAUUUAAGAAAACCCCCAAAGGCCCCCUCAAAAUAUAAAGCAGUUGGUGCUCCAGAAAUAGAAGAGAGUCGUCAGCACACUUUCUGAAAAGCCCUCAGAUAUUUUUAAAUGGUAGUUAAGUCCUGGAGCUUUUCAUGUCCAAUGUGUAGAGGCCUAUUUGCCAGUUUCAUUAGCUUUCCUAGAUUCAGGCUUUUUAACCUCUCAGGUGAGUAUGGAUUUAAAAAAUUACGUACUGAAUACUUAGUUAAUAGUGUCAUUCCUUUCAUUUAAAAUUCUUUCCCACAAGAUGAUUGGUGUACUUCACUGAAAGAAAAGAAUCCCUACUUUUGAAAGUAUUGCCUCAGUUUCCACAUUAAUUCAAUGGCAGCUUGUACAGCAGUGGUCCCAUCAGAAGACUUAGGCUAGCUCAAUCUCUGAUGUUUAAGAAACACCAAGAAAA